UUCCGUGAUGAUCAGAAUCAGCUAAACAAGUCUAGGUUUCCAAAGCCUAGUCUGUUCCAAAAUCUACUGACAGAUCACAGAUAACAAAACUUUUGCGUUCCAAAUUUUAAUAUGAACCUCAUUUAUUUUCCCUAAACUGUGUUAUACAUGAACACUUUAUCAGGCAUGUUUUCUAGAUAUCAGCAUUAUCCACUGAACAUGCCAUGUUAGUAAACCACUAUUUCUGCGUGACCCCGUUACAAAUCCUUUCGUCCUUCAGCCGUCUCACACUGCAAGUUCGCUUUGGCUUGUGAAUUUCCUGACAGCCUUACCCGAUCAGUCUUUGUUUACCGUGAGUCAGUUCGGCGCUCAUGAAUAUGUUUGAUGUCUCAUGUCAGGCGUGUACCUCACUGUGACGUGCGUGCUGGUUUUUCAAUGCCGCCCGCAAUGCAAUUCUCUUCACUCCUGCUAUCUCCCCCUCCCUUCGCUCCUCUCUCUCUCUCGCUCUCUCUCUCUGUCUUCCAUCACGCUGUCUCUCUCUCCCUCCUUCUCUCUCACCUCAUCACACUCUCAUGCACACACUCCGCCAUACAGCUAUCCUCCCACAAGGUCAACUCUGAGCUCUUGAUCGCCGCAGCACGGCACACACAAAUGGAGAUGCUUUUUGUUUUUUGAUGGCAUUAAGCUGCGGUGGUUAUUAAAAGCAUGCCCGUGAGCCGUGGCUCUGCCGGUGGAAUCCAAUGCAGGCGUCCCCCUGUCGGAGAGAAGCUGUUUGGAUGUGCUCAUCCCAUGCAGAAACGGAGCCGUUAUUGCGCUCUACCUGUGCAGUGAUUCACUUCAGCUGAUAUCCUCCACCUACAGCAAGGAUGUAACGGCUCCUCUGUGCCCAGAUUAUGCUCUGAGAGGAGUUUUUUUUACCCCUUUCUUGUCCUCUUUUUUUCCCUCCUGUUUCGUCUUUCUUGUACCGGAUCGCCUCAGAGACCCGAUACCACCAUGUCCUUGGCGUUCUGCGGCAACGACAACAACUCGGCCGCUUACAACGUGGACGGCGGUGUCCUCAACAACGGCUGCUUCCUGGACGCCCUCACAGUGGUGCCGCACGUCUUCCUGCUCUUCAUCACAUUUCCUAUCCUCUUCAUCGGUUGGGGGAGUCAGAGUUCCAAGGUGCACAUUCAUCACAGCACUUGGCUGCACUUCCCCGGACACAACCUCCGCUGGAUCCUCACCUUCAUCCUGCUCUUCAUCAUCGUCUGUGAAAUAGCCGAGGGCAUCGUGUCCGACGGGUUUAAUCAGUCGGUCCACCUGCACCUCUAUAUGCCAUCAUGUUUGGCCUUCAUGGCCGCCAUCACGUCAAUCAUCUACUACCACAACAUAGAGACCUCCAACUUCCCCAAACUACUGAUGACUCUGCUCAUUUACUGGGUUCUGGCGUUUGUCUCUAAAACGAUCAAGUUUGCCAAGUACACAGAGCACGGCAUCGGCCUGAGACAGCUGCGUUUCGGCAUCACAGGUUUACUGACGCUGCUGUACGGCCUGCUGUUGGCCGUGGAGAUCAACGUCAUCCUGAGGAGGCGAUAUAUGUGUUUCGCACACCCCACCGAAGUGAAGCCCCCGGAGGACCUACAGGACCUGGGGGUUCGAUUCCUGCAGCCGUUCGUGAACCUGCUGUCCAAAAGCACAUACUGGUGGAUGAACACCUUCAUCACCGCAGCACACAGACGUCCCAUCGAUCUGAAGGUCAUCGGCAAGCUACCAAUCGCUAUGAGAGCUCUAACUAACUACCUGAAGCUCCGCGAGGCCUUUGAAGCUCAGAAGGUAAACGGAUAUCGUGAGAGUUCAAAUCGUGAGAGUUUUCACGAGCGCAGUGUGACACCGGAGAACGGCCCGGUGUCUCCGAAGGGUUCGAGGUGGAUCUGGCUGGCUCUCCGUCAGGCGUUCGGCCGGCCGCUGGUGCUCAGCAUCACCUUCCGCUUCAUCGCCGACCUGCUGGGCUUCGCCGGACCGCUCUGCAUCUCGGGGAUCGUUCAUCACAUCAGCAGCGACAAUCACAGCGCUCUGCCUCCGGUGAAGCUGCUGGGGGUGCACUUCAUCUCGUCAGAGGCGUUCCUCGCCAACGCGUACGUUCUGGCCGUGCUGCUGUUUCUGGCUCUGCUGCUGCAGAGGACCUUCCUUCAAGCCUCUUAUUACGUGGCCAUCGAGACCGGCAUCAAGCUCAGAGCAGCCAUUCAGACUAAGAUUUACCACAAGAUCAUGCGUCUGUGCACGUCUAACAUGUCUAUGGGGGACAUGACCACGGCUCAGAUCUGCAGUCUAGUGGCGCGAGACACAAACCAUCUCAUGUGGUUCUUCUUUCUCUGUCCCAACCUGUGGGCCAUGCCGGUUCAGAUAGUGAUGGGGGUUUUGCUGCUGUAUUAUCUGCUGGGGGUCAGCGCUCUGAUCGGUGCCAUGGUCAUCGUGGUUCUGGCUCCUCUGCAGUAUUUUGUGGCCACUCGACUUUCACGGGCACAGAAGAGCACACUGGUGAGCACCUCACUGAAACUGUGA